CAGGUGUCAGAAGUAACUGCUUUGUUGCGAAAGUGGCCAAAAUUACCUGUGGAGAAAGCUUUAGAACUUCUAGAUUAUGCCUAUGCUGACCAAGCUGUCAGAAGUUUUGCUGUGGGAUGUUUAAAAAGCGUGAGUGAUGAAGACCUUUCUUUAUAUUUGUUGCAAUUGGCACAAGCGCUGAAACAUGAAUCCUACUUAUAUUGUGAUCUAGUGGAAUUUUUAUUGAGAAGAGCACUCAAUAACCAGAAAAUUGGACAUUAUUUGUUUUGGCACUUA